UGCCACCUCCUCCAGGCCGAAGGCGGGCCCCGGAGGAGAGAGGCAAGAGGGGCGGGCCACGGUUGUGCGGGCCGCGGCGUGGGAGCCUGGGUGAGCCCCGGCAGGAGCCGUCGGGCGCCUGGCGAUCACCCCCCGUACCCCACCGCCCCGCGGCGGUCGCAGUGUGCUGAGAGGCGGUGGGCACGAAGGCGGAGCGGGAGGGGGCAUGCUUGGCUGCUGCGAGGCCUCCGGGCGCGCCCGGGCCGUCGUCCCCACCUCCGCCUCCUCCUUCUCCUCCUCCGUCUCCUCCUCCUCUUCCAGUCCCGCCGCCGCCGCCGCCGCCGCUGCCGCCGCAGCCAACAUGGCUGCGCCCCGGAGUCCGGGAGGCGGCCGCUGAGAACUGCCCGAUCCUUCGGGCCCAAGGCUCGCAGGCCCCAGCCCAUGGGCCCCGCCGCCUCGCGGCUCCCGGUGCGUUAGGCUGCCGCCCAGCUCGGCGUGCAGCCCGCCGGCCUCAGGGAGCCCCGGCGCCGUCCGGCGGGGCGGGGCGGGGCGGCGCGGCGCGGGCCGCCACCAUGGAGCCGCAGCGCCGGGAGCUGCUCGCCCAGUGUCAGCAGAGCCUGGCCCAGGCCAUGACCGAGGUGGAGGCCGUGCUCGGGCUGCUGGAGGCCGCGGGAGCGCUGAGUCCGGGCGAGCGGCGGCAGCUGGACGAGGAGGCUGGAGGCGCCAAGGCGGAGCUGUUGCUCCAGCUGCUUUUAGCCAAGGAGCAGGACCACUUCCAGGACCUGCGCGCCGCGCUGGAGAAGACACAGCCUCACCUGCUGCCCAUUCUCUACCUGAACGGCGUCGUCGGGCCGCCGCAGUCGGCAGAUGGUGCGGGCUCCACCUACAGUGUCCUGUCCAUCAUGCCCUCAGACUCAGAGAGCAGCAGCUCCCUCAGCAGUGUGGGAACUACUGGGAAGGCACCGUCCCCGCCACCCCUCCUCACUGAGCAGCAGGUCAAUGACAAGGUAGAGAACCUCUCCAUUCAGCUACGGCUGAUGACCCGUGAGAGGAAUGAGCUACGCAAGCGCCUGGCCUUCGCCACCCAUGGAGCCACCUUUGACAAGAGGCCCUACCACAGGCUGAAUCCUGAUUAUGAGAGGCUAAAGAUCCAGUGUGUGCGGGCCAUGUCGGACCUGCAGAGUUUACAGAAUCAGCACACCAACGCCUUGAAGAGGUGCGAGGAGGUGGCCAAGGAGACAGACUUCUAUCACACCCUGCACAGCCGGCUCCUGAGUGACCAGACUCAGCUGAAGGAUGACGUGGACAUGCUGAGACGGGAGAACGGGAAGCUGCUGCGUGAGCGGAAUCUUCUGCAGCAGUCCUGGGAGGACAUGAAACGUCUCAGAGAGGAGGACCAGAAGGAGAUAGGUGACCUCCGGGCCCAGCAGCAGCAGGUGCUGAAGCACAAUGGUUCGUCCGAGAUCCUCAACAAGCUGUAUGACACGGCCAUGGACAAGCUUGAAGUGGUUAAGAAGGACUACGAUGCCCUGCGGAAGAGGUACAGCGAAAAGGUCGCCAUGCACAACUCAGAUCUGAGCCGCCUGGAGCAGCUGGGAGAGGAGAACCAGCGCUUGCAAAAACAGACAGAGAUGUUAACCCAGCAGAGGGACACAGCCAUCCAGUUGCAGCACCAGUGUGCUCUCUCUCUGAGGAGGUUUGAGACAAUCCACCACGAGCUGAGCAAGGCCACAGCCCAGAACAAGGACCUACAAUGGGAGAUGGAGCUGCUGCAGUCUGAGCUGACAGAGCUGAGAAGCAAGCAAGUGAAAACUGCCAAGGAGUCUGAGAAGUACAAGGAGGAGCGUGACGCUGUGUACAGCGAGUAUAAGCUCAUCAUGAGCGAGCGCGACCAGGUCAUCUCCGAGCUGGACAAACUGCAGACAGAGGUGGAGUUGGCGGAGUCCAAGCUCAAGAGCAGCACGUCUGAGAAGAAGGCAGCCAGCGAGGAGAUGGAGGCCCUGCGACAGAUCAAAGACACAGUGACCAUGGAUGCUGGCAGAGCCAACAAAGAGGUGGAGAUCCUCCGAAAGCAGUGCAAGGCAUUGUGCCAGGAGCUGAAGGAAGCCCUCCAGGAAGCAGACGUGGCCAAGUGCCGGCGGGACUGGGCCUUUCAGGAGCGGGACAAAAUUGUGGCAGAGCGUGACAGCAUCCGGACCCUGUGUGACAAUCUGAGGCGCGAGCGGGACCGGGCUGUGAGUGAGCUAGCUGAAGCCCUUCGUAGCCUGGAUGACACCCGGAAGCAGAAGAAUGAUGUCAGCCGUGAACUUAAGGAACUCAAGGAGCAGAUGGAGUGCCAGCUGGAGAAGGAGGCCCGGUUCCGGCAGCUGAUGGCCCACAGUUCCCACGAUUCAGCCAUCGACACAGACUCCAUGGAGUGGGAAACAGAAGUUGUGGAGUUUGAGAGAGAGACGGAGGAUGUUGAUCUGAAAGCACUUGGCUUUGACAUGGCAGAAGGUGUGAACGAGCCUUGUUUCCCUGGGGACUGUGGCAUAUUUGUUACUAAAGUGGACAAAGGAAGCAUCGCUGACGGUCGCUUAAGGGUCAACGACUGGCUGCUGAGAAUUAAUGACGUGGACCUCAUCAACAAGGACAAGAAGCAGGCCAUCAAGGCACUCCUCAAUGGAGAGGGAGCCAUCAACAUGGUCGUGAGGCGGAGGAAGUCCCUGGGUGGGAAGGUCGUCACUCCUCUACACAUCAACCUUAGUGGACAGAAAGACAGUGGCAUCAGUUUGGAGAAUGGAGUGUACGCUGCUGCUGUGGUACCCGGAAGCCCUGCUGCCAAAGAGGGGUCUCUCGCCGUGGGAGACAGGAUUGUUGCGAUCAAUGGUAUUGCACUGGACAAUAAAUCUCUGAAUGAAUGUGAAUCUCUGCUGCGGAGCUGUCAGGACUCCUUGACCCUCUCCCUCCUGAAGGUGUUCCCCCAGAGCUCCUCGUGGAGUGGCCAGAACAUCUUCGAAAAUAUUAAGGACUCAGACAAGAUGCUGAGUUGUCGCUCCCAUGGCCCAGAGGUCCAGGCACAUAACAAACGGAACUUGUUACAGCACAAUAACUCCACGCAGACUGACAUCUUCUACACAGAUGGGCUGGAGGACAGGAAGGAGCUGGGUGCCCCUGGGGGCAGUAGUUCUUUUCUGCACAAACCUUUCCCUGGAGCCUCGUCUCCAGCCUCCCCUCAGGCCUGUCCUAGCACCUCUGAGCGUAGUCUGAACUCAUUCCGCUCUGAUGCCUCUGCUGAACGUGGCUACGGGCUGGUGGACGUGCAGAGCCAGCGGCCACUGCUGUCUUUUGAGACUGACGUGGGCUCCUGUGGGGUAGUAGAGGCUCCCCUGGACAAGGUAGAGCCCGAUGGCUCCAACAGUGGUGGGACCUGGCCCAAGGCUGUGCUUGGCUCCACCUCAGGGCCUGAGAAGCUCUCCGUGUACAAGAAGCCCAAGCAAAGGAAGUCCAUCUUUGACCCAAAUACUUUCAAGCGCCCACAGACGCCUCCCAAAAUAGACUACCUGCUUCCAGGCCCUGGGCUUGCUCACUCCCCCCAGCCCUCCAAAAGGGUAGGGUCUCUGACACCCCCGAAGCCUCCCAGGAGAAGUGACUCUAUCAAGUUCCAACACAGGCUGGAGACCAGUUCUGAGUCAGAGGCCACUUUGGUGGGCAGCUCACCUUCCACCAGCCCUCCAAGUGCCCCACCCCCCGGCAUAGACCCCGACGAACCCAUGCAUGCUUCACCCACUCGCAAGGCCAGGGUCCGCAUCGCCUCCAGCUACCAUACUGAAGGGGAUGGAGACACCUCCUACCUGCCUGCCAAAAAGUCCUGUGAUGAGGACCUCACCUCCCAGAAAGUGGAUGAGCUGGGACAGAAGCGGCGCAGGCCAAAGUCUGCCCCUAGUUUUCGGCCCAAGAUCUCUCCAGUAGUGAUCCCUGCUCAGUGCCUGGAGGAACAGGAGUGUAUUCCAGCCAGCGGAGAGCUCUCCCCAGAGGUCCAGGAAUGGUCCCUGUACUCACCAGGGCACGCUAGCCGUCAUGGCAACCCCCCACUCUACCCCAACCGGCCAUCUGUGGGCACUGUCCCCCGGAGUAUGACCCCCAGCACCACUGUGAGCUCCAUCCUUCGGAACCCCGUCUAUACUGUGCGCAGCCACAGGGUGGUUCCCUGUGGUUCUCCACCCGUGUCCCGUGACGCCAGCCACCAGGGCUUGUCUCCCAGUGUCCAGCACCAGGGACGCCUCAGCCUGGACCUGAGUCCCAGGGCCUGCAGCGACUACCCCGACAUGAGAGCCUCCCAGGGUUCCAACUCCCUGCCCUCCAGUGCCCGUCUUGGGUCUUCCAGUAACCUGCAGUUCAAGGCAGAGCGGAUUAAGAUCCCAUUAACACCAAGAUAUCCCCGGUCUGUCAUGGGCUCUGACAGAGGUUCAUUGUCACAUUCUGAAUGCAGCACUCCUCCCCGGUCCCCGCUGAACGUUGAUACCCUGUCCUCCUGUAACCAGCCUCAGACCUCAGCCUCCACAUUGCCCAGAAUUGCUGUCAACCCCACUUCCCAUGGGGAGCGGAGAAAGGACAGAUCCCUUCUGAGGCUGCCCGUGGCCAUUAGGCCCAGGUCCUCCUCGCUGAGGAGUCUGAGGCCUUAUCUGGAGGAGCCACGCCACGUGAAGGUGCAGAAGGGUUCAGAGCCUCUGGGAAUCUCCAUUGUGAGUGGAGAGAAGGGUGGUAUCUAUGUCUCCAAGGUGACCAUAGGGAGCAUCGCCCACCAAGCCGGCCUUGAGUAUGGGGACCAGUUACUUGAGUUCAAUGGGAUAAACCUGAGGAGUGCCACCGAGCAACAGGCCCGGCUAAUCAUCGGACAGCAGUGUGACACCAUCACCAUCCUGGCCCAGUACAACCCACACAUUCACCAGCUCAACAGCCACUCCCACUCCAGCUCCCACCUGGACCCUGCUGCCAACCCCCACUGUACUCUCCAGGGCAGCAGUGCAGUAACCCCAGAUCAUCCCUCUGUCAUUGACCCACUGAUGGAACAGGAUGAAGGCCCUGGCACGCCCCCAGCCAAGCAAAGCACCCCCAGCUCCAGGAUUGUGGGAGAUACCAGCAAGAAGACCCCUGAACCCCGCAUUGUUUUCAUCAAGAAAUCCCAGUUGGACCUGGGGGUGCACUUGUGUGGUGGGAACCUGCAUGGGGUGUUUGUGGCUGAGGUAGAAGAUGACAGUCCUGCCAAGGGUCCCGAUGGCCUCGUGCCAGGGGACCUCAUCCUUGAGUAUGGCAACCUGGAUGUGCGCAGCAGGACGGUGGAGGAUGUCUAUGUGGAGAUGCUGAAACCUAAGGAUCAUAUCCGCCUGAAGGUGCAGCACCGCCAUGAGGAUUUCAACAGAAUCAAGGGCCUGCCUGGUGACAGCUUCUACAUCAGGGCCCUGUAUGACCGUCUGGCAGAGGUGGAGCCUGAACUGAGCUUUAAGAAAGACGACAUCCUGUAUGUGGAUGACACAUUGCCCCAGGGCAUGUUUGGGUCCUGGAUGGCUUGGCAGCUGGAUGAGAAUGCCCAGAAGAUCCAGCGUGGGCAGAUUCCCAGCAAAUAUGUGAUGGACCAGGAGUUCUCAAGGAGGCUCAGCAUGUCUGAGGUCAAAGAUGACAACACAGCAAAGACGCUGUCGGCAGCUGCACGGCGGUCCUUCUUCCGGAGGAAACAUAAACACAAACGCAGUGGGUCCAAAGAUGGCAAGGACCUGCUCACCCUGGACACCUUUUCCAAUGACUCCAUUCCACUCUUUGAAGACUCGGUGAGCCUGGCCUAUCAGCGGGUCCAGAAGGUGGACUGUACCUCUCUGCGGCCUGUCCUCAUCCUGGGGCCUUUUCUGGAUGUAGUGAAAGAGAUGCUGGUAAAUGAAGCACCUGGCAAGUUCUGCAGAUGCCCGCUUGAGGUAAUGAAGGCCUCCCAGCAAGCCAUUGAGCGGGGUGUCAAAGACUGCCUGUUUGUGGACUACAAGCGGAGGAGUGGCCAUUUCGAUGUUACCACUGUGGCUUCGAUAAAGGAGAUCACAGAAAAGAACCGGCACUGUCUUCUGGACAUCGCCCCGCAUGCCAUUGAGAGGCUGCAUCACAUGCACAUCUACCCCAUUGUCAUCUUCAUCCGAUACAAGAGCGCCAAGCACAUCAAGGAGCAGAGAGACCCUGUCUACCUGAGGGACAAGGUGACGCAGAGGCAUUCCAAAGAGCAAUUUGAGACGGCGCAGAGGAUCGAUCAAGAGUACAGCAGGUACUUCACAGGGGUCGUCCAAGGUGGAGCCCUCUCUGGCAUUUGCACUCAAAUCCUGGCAAUGGUCAAUGAAGAACAAAGUAAAGUCCUGUGGGUCCCCGCUUGCCCACCCUAACAGAAAGCUCUGCCAGAUGCACCUCCAUGACCAGAUGGUGGGGAGAGCUGGCUGGCCCUCGCCCAGCCACUAGAGGUCUGUCUGUCUGUGGACAAGGUGGGAAGGACCCGGAACCAGGACUCUAGGAACACCUCCUUUGUAGAUGGAGAGCCACCAAGAUUUGGCCCAGCUGGUGGAUGGCACUACUCACACAUCCACUUUGAAACAAAAAACCAGAAACACAAAAGACUUGAUCCUCCCGUAGCCAGCUGAGCAGAGGUGCUGUGCCCAGGACCUACCUUGCUGAUCACAAGUUUACAAGCCUUUUCUAAGUAUUUGGUGGUCUAUGUUUACUUGAAUGGCUCCAUGUUGUCGGUGCCCAGCCCCUGAUCCCAACCCCUCUGUCACUCACUCCCUGUUGGUUUGAUGUUCCUGUCUUGGGCAGGACAUUUCUGGAACCUCGUUCAGGGGGAGCUGCUUUGCUACAGGAGGUUCCUGUCAGUGGGACCAGAGCUUUGACAGACUUCCUGCUCCUCAGUGGCCCCUCUCCUGGAAGACAUCACAACUGCAGGUGCUCAGACCAUUGUUGGUACCAGAACCAGUGCCUUGGUGAGCCAACUGGCCAUGGCAGCACUUUCCUCCUCCACCUGGAAGGCAGCUUUGGCAUUCUUGCAGAUUCACCUCUUGGCCUUUCUCCUGCCUUCCUGGCCUCUUGUCUCUUCUCCGGCUGCAUUUGUAUUCAAGCAUCAUGUCUAGUCCAUUAAGGUUCCUCAGUUGGGUCCUCAGCAGGGGGCACGGGCAUGCCAUUGGUUCCUGUAGGCUCUGAGAUGCCUGGCAGCCUUUGUUGGCGCAAGGAUGCAGGGUAACCCUUACACUGGCACAGGUGUACCAGCCCUUUCUGGCGUGAAACUCUUCAUGUCACAGACUUUGAAAUAAGGGCUUGUAGUGAGUAUAAUGGUUAGACUCAUCUAUUGAAAGUGUAAGAAGAAAACCUGAGUGUUUUUCCAUCUUGGUUGCAACAUUCUCAGCCUGACUCCAUGAGGACAUCUCUGUUCUUUGUUGGGUUUCUUUUCUUUUUCUUUCUUUCUUUCUUUUAAACCCAUUUUUCUUUCCCCCCUCGCUCCCCCCUUCUGAUGCCCUAUCUAUCUGCUGAAGAGCUGAUGCGGUCCCUUCUUCAACUGUGUGUCCUAUUAAUAGGUACUGUACUGGGUUCUGUGUGUCAUUGGGGUAGGACCUAUAUUUUAAUACUGUUCCGAACAUUUCAUUUUACUAGCAAGAAAUCUUUGAUUUCACUUUAUUCUUUGUAAUUCUAGAUUAGAUUGUAGUUUAGCCAUUAUUGACGAUUUUUUUUAAAAGGGAUAUAUUUUCUUGCACAGCUGUUUAAAGAGAGUCUCAGCCCUCAAGGCUGUUCUGUGCCUUCCGGGCACACCUUUUCCAGCUCAGACAACUGAGAGACGCUGCCUCUCAAGGUCUUACUCUACAGUUGCGGGCCAAGGACUAUUUCCCUGGUCAUACAUAUGCCUGCUUCCUCUGUCAGCGGACAGGCAGGUAUGGAUCUGACAGGUGGGUCAUGCUGUACUAAAAUGUUACUUUGUAUCAAAAACAAACCAGACUUCAGUACGACAAAUAAAGGUCAGUUUGUGUAA